AUGAACAAUACACAAGGCUUUCAAUCAGGAUUUUUGACUCAGAUGGAAUGGAAGUAUAGCCUUGAUAGUUUUUUGUUUUAUUCUGAUGAUAUGAAAAAUAUAAAAACAAUGCAUUUGAGCAGAGUUAGUACUCCUAAUCAAGCGCAUUACGCUUCUACUCACCAUGCGGUAAAUUUUGGUAAUAGUGAUCUAAUUUGUAAUGGUUUAUGA